AUGUCAAACGACAAUAGUGGGCAAUCAGAAUUUUGUCAAAGUUUUGCUUGUGCAUUACAGAGCUGUCUGCACAAAAAUACAUACAAUCCUGAUAAAUGUGAAAAAGUCUUGAACAAACUAAAACAAUGUUGUUUAGAACAUGGUGCUCAAAGUCCUGUUAUUUGUUCUGGUUUUCCUAUUUCUAAAUCGUCAUCAUCAAAAUAA